GCCGCUGCCGGCAAUGUUGAUGUGGCUGCUGCCGAUAGGGCUGUGGAUGUUCGGGGGCAGGAUCUUCCAGCGCAUCCAGCCCUACCUGCCCAACGUCAGCCCGACGCAGGCCACCUUUCUCGGCCACUGCAUGGCGCUGCAGGGCGCGGUGGUCUACGCAGUGCCCCUCGAGUUCGUCGGCCUAGGUGUCGCCAAGCGCAUGGGCUACCUGGCAUGCAUGUGGGCCACCGUGGGGACCUCCGUGUGGACCCUGAAGAGCAACUUCGGGGCCCCGAGGAUCCCGGAGGGCAGCAUGUCAUUUUCGGCCCUGCGGAGCAUGGGGAUAGACAAGUUCAUGGAUCCAGUGAAGCCGUGGAUGCAGCAGGUGUUGACGAGCAUGGAUUUUCACUUCCUGACGUUCGGGGUCAUAUUCCUGAACGCCUAUCCGACGAUCAUAGCCGUGGGCAUCCUGGGCCGACGAUCAUUGUGGUUCGUGGCGUCCCAGUGCGCCAAGCCAGAGUCCCCGUACGCCAACAGUUUUCUUUGGCUGAGAUUCAAGCCCUUGUGGGAGAGGAUGAAGGCCAGGGACAAGGAGGUGGUGGUCUACGCGGCGCUCGCGGAGAUCCUGCUCGCCUUUUGGCUCACGGCGAACCUCUUCCUGCCCUCCCGGCAGAUCGCCACGUGCAUGAUGUACUGGUACUUCCUGACGCUGCGGUGCCAGGUGCCGCGGUCCCGGGAGUACCACCUGCAGGCCUGGCAGAGGCUCGACGCGAGCGCCGCGCCGCUCUUCAAGGCAGUGCCCAUACUGCGGAAGCCGGUCGACAUGGCGAAGGUCUACUUCACCCCACAGUACGUCCAGCGGUAG